AUGCCCAGUCGAGUUUCUGCCCGUUCGACAUCCGCCGCGACACGCAAGUCGUCGGCGCAACCUUCAGCGUCAGGAGGUCGCGCCGCAUCUGUGACUCCCUCAUUCGUUAUUCCGCCUGAACCUGCUUUGCCCGAAGCCUCCCCCAACCUACGCCACGAUGUAUGUCUGAUCUUUGCCGACGCCCAACGUUCAACAACUGGCCAUCGGAAGCUCGUCGUACGUCUGAGAAAGAUCCAAGAAAUUUGCUGUGGAAUCUCUCAGAAGAAGACGAAGAAAGAUGCCAAGGACUCACAAGCUUCUCCUGAGCUCGUGCUCCCCAGCGAAGAGACCAUUCCAGAGAAGGAGUUCAAUGUAGAGAUCGGUCGCUGUUUGUUGCGCAUAGUACCAAUCAAGAAGACCGAACCUGUUGGCGAUCGUAUUCUGCGAUUCGUUGGCACCUUUCUGGCUCACUCGUUCGAGAAAGAUACAGAAAUAUUCGGAUCCGACGAUGAUGAAGACAUGCAGAGUAUCGUGGAAACCCCUACUGCGCGACUGGCUAUCCACCUUGUCAGCAUUGUUGCACCACUUCUCUCAGCGAAGGAUAAGACAGUGCGCUUUCGCGCGACACAAAUCACUACGCAUAUUGUCAAUUGUCUAGAUACCAUUGAUGACGAUCUGUACCACACCAUUCGACAGGGCCUUCUGAAGCGGAUCAGAGAUAAGGAGCCCUCGGUCAGAGUACAGGCUGUGAUGGGUCUUGGGCGUCUCGCCGGCAACGAGGAAGAAGACGGCGACGAUAAAGACGAUAGUACUACGGCCCUACUAGAAAAGCUUAUUGACAUCAUGCAGAAUGACACCAGUGCCGAGGUGCGCAAAACACUGCUGCUCAAUCUGCCCCUUGCACCAGCCACUCUACCGUAUCUUCUCGAACGUGCGCGUGAUCUGGAAGCAACAACCCGACGAGCAUUAUAUUCUCGUUUGCUUCCCACGCUUGGUGAUUUCCGCCACCUGUCACUUACGAUGAGAGAGAAAUUGCUACGAUGGGGUCUUCGGGAUCGGGAUGAAAAUGUGAGAAAGGCGACUGGGAAACUUUUCUACGACCGUUGGGUUGAGGAUUGCGCUGGCACAAACAACGACCCCGAAAAUGGCCCUUCUAACCAACGUUCUUCCCCCAACAUCUCUGCGCUUCUAGAACUCCUUGAGAGAAUCGAUGUUGUCAGCUCCGGGAUGGACUCCGGAAUCGCGCAUGAAGCCAUGCGCAGCUUCUGGGAGGGUCGGCCCGAUUAUCGAGAAGCAGUGGUCUUUGACGAGCCGUUCUGGGAGUCGCUGACGGCCGAAUCGGCGUUCCUUCUGCGCUCAUUCAACGAUUUCUGCCGUGUCGAAACCGACGGGAAAUACGACAGUCUCGCGGACGAGAAGAUGCCCGAAGUGACAGCGUUUGCGCAUUUCUUGCAAAAAUAUAUAACGGACCUCUUACGAAGGAAGAAAUUGAACAAGGAAUCCAGUGAAGCCAACGACGAUGAGACCGUUGAGAUCGAAUUUAUUGUCGAGCAGCUGUUGCAUAUCGCGAUCACCUUGGACUAUAGCGACGAAGUUGGACGACGCAAGAUGUUUUCAUUGCUGCGCGAGUCGCUUGCUGUGCCGGAGUUACCAGAAGAAUGCACCAAGCUCACCGUGGAGACAUUGAGAUGUGUGUGCGGACCGGCAGCAGCAGCGGAGAAUGAAUUUUGCAGUGUUGUUCUCGAAGCUGUCGCCGAAGUCCACGACACUAUUGUGACUGAGGAUAGUUUUGUGUCGGCCAGAUCCGAGGUGAGCGAUGCCACCUCUAGCCGGCAUCGCUCGGAAACCCCGAGUGAGGCCUCAGUCCCUUUCAACAAGGAAGAGGCCAAGGCCAAGGUCCUGCGUGAAAUUAUGGUCAACAUGAAGUGCCUGCAUAUUGCACAAUGCAUGUUACAGAAUGUGGAAGGCAACCUGCAACAGAAUAUGAAUCUGGUGACCAUGCUUAACAACUUGGUUGUGCCUGCGGUCCGUAGUCAUGAGGCCCCGAUUCGCGAGAAGGGCCUGGAGUGUCUGGGUCUGUGUUGCCUGUUAGACAAGACCCUGGCUGAGGAGAACAUGACACUCUUUAUCCACUGCUACAGCAAAGGUCACGAGGCUUUACAAGUCACUGCUCUCCAUAUUUUGUGCGAUAUGGUGACGACGCAUCCCGCCCUUCUCGCACCUGUCACCCAGCCGGACGGAGAGACCAUUUCCCCACCUGCGUUCCAGAAGCCCCUGCUCAAAGUUUUCGCAAGAGCGCUGAGGGCCAGCUCCCCGAACACGGUGCAGACAGCUGCGGCUACCGGUCUUUCAAAGCUCCUCCUGACGAACACCUUCUCACCAUCCGGAUCGAACAUUCCCCAAGCCAUUCAGGAAUAUAACGAAUCGGCCGUGGAGACCCUUUUGCAGUCCCUCAUCGUUUCUUUCUUCCACCCGCGUACUCGAGAGAACCCGGCCUUCCGACAGUCGUUAGCUUAUUUCUUCCCUGUGUACUGCCAUUCCCGGUUGGAGAACACACAACACAUGCGAAGGGUGGCAGUCCCCGUGGUGCGUGCGGUCCUCAAUGCGGCCGAGGAAUAUUACUCUCUGGAAGCAGAGGAGGAUAGCGAUGGCGAGAUUGAUGAGAGUGUCGGAGAAAAGGAGCUCAAGGCAUUGAUGGCAGGUGUUGUUGGUAUGCUUGCAGAAUGGACUGACGAGCGGCGAGUCGUGGGCCUGGGAGGUGAAAAGGUUCUGGCCGGUGGUCCUGCCAGUUCUAGCGCAUGUGGUUUUGUGCACCUGGCUCUGGUGAAAGAUAUCCUGGAACGGGUUCUGGGGGUCAGUUCCGGCACCAACCGAUGCUCGAAGGACGAGAAGAAGCUUCUGUUCUCACUGUUGAGCAAGCUAUAUGUCGCCCCGCCGGCCCUACCUUCGCGAUCCGGAUCUCGGGCGCCGGAAAGCGAUGAUGCCUUCCGGUCCAGUAUUCGGAGUGGAAAUGGAGGCGAGAUUGUCUCCCCUGAGAACGCAGCGCUUGCUCUCGAGGUCAAGGAGCUGCUGGAUGAGACGAUCCAGGAGGGACUCGCGGCGGAAGCGGCCGGUCGGAAUGCGCUGGUCAAGGUGAAGAACUCGAUCCUCAAGCUGAUCGCCGCAGCCCAGGGGGUGCGGUCUGACAGUGUGCGGCCGCGCGAAGGCACUGAGGACAUUGACAGCGACGCGAUGAGCAUUCGUUCUGGUAGCGUUCGACCCUCGAUUGAGCACCCCAGUAGCCGUCGGCGGGCCUUCUCACUGGAACCCAGCAUCAUGGAGGAGGACGAGAAUGACGAUAGCCGAGGGACGAUUAUCAAAUCGGAGAUGCAUGACGAGUAG